UCUUUGAUUGUGAGACAGGCCGCGGCGCGAGCGGGGCCUCACUCAACUAGAAAAACGGUCUGGCACGAGAUAACGGGUGGGGAGAGACACGGAACCACGGGACGACCGAGCACCGGUUCCCGCAGAAACGGCCCGACAGACGAGCACAGACUGGCGGCGUGAAACGGCGGAGAGGACACGCAGCGUGAAGCCGUGCAUGUGGAGAGCAGUUUGUUGGCAGCCGACGAGCAGAGUAGCUAACCAUCGUUAGCCGAACUGGGUUAGCAGGCUAGCCAGCUUUUGUAAUCCGCCGGCCAGACACACACAUUCGUCCGCCGCAAACCAGGCCGAAACCGGAUUUCAAGUGAGGCGGUACAGCACCCGAAAGGACAAAGAAGGCACCGGCGGUGGCAGGAGGCUGGUUCUGGGGGCGUGGCCAAAGGACCAGACUCAAUGAGUUUCAAGCGAAAUGUCCGAGAAGUCAGGGCAGAGCACCAAGGCAAAGGAUGGCAAAACAAAGUAUGCAACCCUUAGCCUCUUCAACACCUAUAAAGGCAAAUCUCUGGAAACCCAGAAAACUGCAGUGGCUGCCAGACAUGGGCUCCAGAGUUUGGGCAAAGUUGCUGCCAGCCGGCGCAUGCCCCCUCCGGCCAACCUGCCCAGCCUGAAGGCAGAGAACAAGGGAAACGACCCAAACGUCAACAUUGUCCCCAAAGACGGUAGUGGCUGGGCAUCCCGAACUGAGGCCGGAGACGAGAGGCAACAGGAGACACCCCCACCUCAGAACAAACCAGCAGUGCUCCAGUCACAAGAGCUGUCUAUUGGGGGCAGCCGCUCCUGGGCAAACAGCAAGCAGACACAGCCAGACGGAUCUCCUCGUGUGAGCAGCCAUUUUCACCAGGAGUUUCCCAGCUUGCAGGCGGCUGGUGAGUUGGAGAAAGGGGACGGUCAAGAGGAGGAGCCUUAUGGACCAGGCCCCAGCCUCAGACCUCAAAAUGUUGGCAGUUGGCGUGAGGGCGGAGGCAGGAAUUUGAACACUGCACCCAUCCCUCCUGAGAUGGAGAACAGGGCUCUGGAAGAGGGUAACACGGGCCUUGGUACCUCCACACCACCUGGGGAAGCUGAUGAGCCUGGCCGAAACGUAACCACUGACGGUCAGAGGGAGAAGAGGGAUGGCAGGGAGAGGUUGCCGCCCUCUGGCCCUCCUCAGCCGAAACUAAAUGGGGGGCAGCAGCCUCCUGCUGGGGUGCCAACUCACUUUGACCCUGCUUUCAGGAGCAUGAUGCCACCUUAUAUGUUCCAUGCCUAUCCUCAAAUGUCUUUUGGCCCGGGACAAGGGAACUUCAGAUACCCUGUGCCACAGGAUGGAGCAAAGGGUCCACGAUCAGCGCGACCCCAGCAGGCACCUCCUCAGUCUUGGCUCCAAGACCCGGACAGACCCUCUAUCAUCAGUGCAACAGAACUUAAAGAGCUGGACAACUUGGACACCGAUGCUGAUGAAGGCUGGGCUGGCGCCCAGAUGGAGGUGGACUAUACUGAGAAACUAAACUUCAGCGAUGAUGAGGAGAACCAAGCUGCUAAAGAGAAGGGAGAAAACUGGGAGUGGAUGGGUAAAGUGGAGCGUAUGAGAUCUCGGACAUCAGACAGUCAGGAGGGCUGGAAGGAGGGAACUGAGGACCGUGGAGGCAUUAAAACCUCAUGGGCUGACAGUGUGGAUCCCAGAGCGCCAUCACCUGGCAGCAUGGGGCAGUACAAUAAAUCAGCUGUUACUCAAGACUACCAGGGUGGCAGUCGUUCUGGUGGCGGUGGAGCUCCCCGUGGGAGCAAACCACAGGCCACAGUGCCACCUGGGGCUGAGGAGGACUCUGACGCCUGGCGACAGAAGCGCAAGAAGCCAUCUGAAGUUUCUGAAGCUGUAGAGCGAGCAAGACGGAGAAGAGAGGAAGAGGAGCGGCGAAUGGAAGAGCAACGGCUUGCUGCUUGUGCUGAAAAACUUAAGCGUCUCAAUGAAAAACACCGCCAAGCAAAUGAGGGCAAACCUGUCUCUGCUCAGACCGCCAGUGAUGAGGCAGGAGGUACCCGUGAGGAAGCCCCCUCAUCAGCCCCUGCACCUGUGCCCAGUCCUGUACCUUCAGUCCCAGUUUCACAAUCACAGGCCCCAAUCAUGCAAGCUCCUCUGUCUGAGAGGGUGGAUCGAGACAGGGAGCAAGAGAGAGAGCGAGUAGAGCCAAAUGCUGAGGAUGAGGUUCACUUGCCUCGUCAGCCCAGCCCCCCUGUCCCGAGACCUGUAGCUGUAGCUCCAGAGCCACAGAGCAAGGGAGAGUCUUCCCUAGCUGAGGUUGGUCCCCUGAUGGAGGAGAACCAAACUGAUAGGACCUCAGUGCCUAUCCGUGACUAUUUUAACAUAGAGGACAACCAAGUGGAUGAGCCCCACUUGUCUCUGCCACACAUGGAAACCCCUGGUGGUGAGGAAGUCCCCGUUGCACCCCCACAGCUGGAAGGAGAGGCAGCAGCUGCUAUGCGUCCCUCUCUCAUCUCAGGCUAUUCCAAACAGUUUCAAAAGUCGUUACCACCUCGUUUCCUCAGACAACAGGAGCAGAUGAAACAGCAACAAUGGCAACAACAACAGCAGCAGAGCGGGGGCUCUGUGUCGCCAUCAGGUGGUGGAAGUGUUCCACCUACACAACAGCAGCAGCAGCAGCACCGCUCCAUGUAUCAACCUAUGGGGCCCCACCACCAGCACUUGGCCUCCAUGGGGUUUGACCCCCGCUGGCUCAUGAUGCAGUCCUACAUGGACCCCCGCAUGAUGUCAGGCCGCCCCCCCAUGGACAUGCCAGCUAACAUUCACCCUGGGAGGAUGCCUCCUAAGCAGAUUGUACGCAGAGAGCCAGGUGACAACUCUAGCUCCAGUUCUGACUCAUUCGACCACUUGACCCGACCAAUUCGUGACCAUGGCUUGCCCUCAGACUCUCGGAUGGUGUGGGGAUCAGACCCAUACCCCCAGUCAGAGCCGUUACCUUCUGUAACUCCUCCAAAAGGACGGGACGAUAACAAAGAGCAACGGAUGGACUCUGGUUUGGAUCUGGACAGGGGUCUUACAGCUAUCUAUCCCCAGGACCAUGGUGCAUUGGACUCUCGUAAAAGUAACUUCUUCCGGGACCCUUCAGAGUCCCUGUCAGCAUUUUCCCAGGGUCCAGAGGAUUCGCCGAGGCCUCUAGACAGGGUCCCCGUUGGUUCAGCCUUUGAUCCUGAGGAGCCUGGCUUACCAAGUGGAGAGGAGGUAGAAGCUCUUGGUCAAGCCAUGCUCCAGAGGAGUGUCUCACAGGGCUCUAGCCACUCCCUUAAGCUGGAUGAGCCUCGGUUUGAUGGGCUACCUCUAGGAACAAAAUCGCUAGAGCUACAGGACACUGGGGAACGGGCUGAUGAUAAGCCACAGAAUGAACUCUACUCCCAGGCUGCAGUAACCAGCAACAGGGCUACACCUCCUGCUGAUGGAUUACACAAACAAGAGAAGCUGCCUCUGCCAGCACCCAGCAAGCAGAAAGCAGAGGUGCGUUGGGGUGGGAGAUCAGGUGCCGGACGCAGAGAAGGACCAGGGGGAGAGAGACCAGUCCGCAGGUCUGGACCAAUAAAGAAGCCGGUCCUGAGGGACAUGAAAGAGGAGAGAGAGCAGAGAGAGGAGAGGGAGAAACGUCAUGAGAGAGGGGAAAGAGGAGACAGGUCCAAAAAGGAUCAGUCAUCCAAAGCUCCUUCUGCAGCUGCUGCUGUCUCUGAGGGCUCCAGACCUCAGGGUGAGGGAAAGAGGGAAACUACAGAGUCAGAGGAAACACCGACUCCCCAUCAGAGGGCCAGAGACUCUCAGCCUUCCUCUGGGGUGCCUACCUCUUCCUCUCAAGAGGAGAAAGCAGACAAACAGCCCAGUAAUGACAAACAUCCAGAACCCAAACUGCCCUCUCGGAAAGAGUCUAACCUUCCUCCACGUGCCUACCGACGAGAGGAGAGAGAGAGGGAACGGGAGAGGGAGAAGGAAAUGAUGGAUAAGGACAGAGAGAGAGAAUGGCCUGCUGACUCUAAUUUUAAAGGACGUGGUCGAGGGGAGUAUUACUCCAGAGGAAGGAGCUACCGGGGUACUUACAGUGGCCGAGGGAGGGGGAGUCGUGGUCGAAGUCGGGCAGAGUACCCUUAUCGAGAGCCACGAUCACGCUCCGAUUUACCUUCUGCUGGAGGUGCUGCUGCUUUUCGGAACAGGGAGGAAAGCGAGACACGCAGUGAAAGCUCAGACUUUGAAGUUAUACCAAAGCGCAGACGGCGUCGCGGUUCAGACACAGACUCGGAGAGUGAAGGUGGGAGAGAGUCUGCCAGUGACACUGGACCUUCAGACCGUGAGCCGAGCACGAAACCUAGCCGUCCACUGAGAAGAGAGCUCCCUGGGGAGGGCCGAUUAGGGCCCCACAAGCCAGGCUUCGGACCUCCUCACAUGGGAGAAAAGAUUGGAUCAAGAGGGGACGACGACAGCCGGCCCAAGCCAGGAUUCCUUCCUAAAGGAGAGCCCUCUCGGCGAGGAAGAGGUGGGUUAUACAGUAGACGAGGUGGAGCAAGGGAACGUGGAGGUCCUCGCUCAGCCCCUCUUAGACGGCCAGCAGCCAGAGAGUCCUCAUCUCAGUGGCCCUCUAAACCCAUGGAGACAUUCAGGCCUGAGGACGCAGAGUCCACAUCAAGAUAUGACAAUCCUCCCUCUGACCGACGACCGCCCAAAUCGGACAGCAAGAAAUUUGGGGAUGGGGGCCCUCAGAGUAGCAGAGAAAGGCCACGUCGAUCCAGACCAGCACGACCCCCAAGGCAAGACAAACCCCCUCGCUUUAGGCGUUUGAAGGAGCGUGAGGCUGCAGUGUUGGCUAGUGGAGAGACAGCCCCGAGUCCCCCUGUUCCUUUACCCUCAGUGCCUGCUGCUGCUGUUGCUAGCUCUGCACCUGCCCCAGUCUCCAUUUCCCCAACCUUAUCUAGAGCUCCGGGAACCCCUUUAACUGUGCCUGCGGAAGUGGCAGCCACUAUACCUGCAACUGACCUGCCCUCUCCUUUAGAAGCCCCACUGCCUGACACUAGCAGUCCUACCAUCACUGCAGUUGGUACCAAGUCCCCUGACUUGUCAAACCAGAACUCUUCAGAUCAAGCCAAUGAGGAAUGGGAAACUGCCUCAGAGAGCAGCGACUUCAAUGAGAGGAGAGAGCGAGAAGAGAGGAAAGGAGUAUUGGGGGCUGCAAAUGAAGCAGCUACAGCUUCUGCCCCAGCACCUGCACCUCCUCAGGGCUCUGUGACUCCCAAUAAAAGCCCACCUGAUGGAGGGAUGACUCCAAAACGUGAAGGAGCUCCUGCAGCCAAGAGGAGUUUCUCGAGUCAGAGGCCUACGGAGAGACAGAAUCGUAGAGGCAACAGUGGAGCCAAACCAGGUCGCAGUUACACAGGGGGCAAAGGAGAGAGGAGAGGAGGGGCCAAAGCUGGCCGUAAAGGGCCUGCAGCCCAGCUGAACUCAGAGGCAACAGCACCAGCAGCUGGAGGAGCAGCCCAGAGGUCUACAAAAGAUCAGCCUGCCCGUCGCAAAGAUGAGGCCAAACAAGCCACCAAGAAGCCCAAGGAGAACGCUCUUUCUCAGUUUGAUCUCAACAAUUAUGCCAGUGUUGUUAUUAUUGAUGACCACCCAGAAGUCACCACAACAGAGGACCCACAGUCAAGCACCAAUGACGAUGGCUUUACAGAGGUUGUCUCCCGCAAGCAACAGAAACGCCUGCAGGAUGAAGAGAAACGGAAAAAGGAAGAGCAAACUACUCAGAACUGGGGUAAAAAAGGCUCAGGUGAGAAGAGCAGGGGGGGAGGAGGAAAGCUGCCACCAAGGUUUGCUAAAAAACAGUCAUCACAACAACAACAGCAACAACAGCAGCAGCAACAACAACAACAGCAGCAGCAACAACAACAGUCCUCUCAGCCUCCUGUAGCUGCUGCCCCUCAACCCCAACAGCAGCCUCCUAUUUCUGCUGCACAGCAUCCUCACCUUGCCCCCUCCCAACCUGCUGCAUCCCCUCAGACACUGGAAGGAACAGUGGCUCCUCUGCCCUCCAUUCCCCCCGCUAAUGUGGACUUCACCUCAAAGACCCUCCCCCCUGCACCUACACAGACACACAGCACUCUGGGCACAGAACUGUGGGAGAACAAGGUAGCAGGCUCCACCGUCCUUCCCGACGUCAAGAAGCUUGGUCCGAUCAGCCCUCCCCAGCCACCUUCUGUGAGUGCCUGGAACAAACCUCUUACCUCCUUUACUGGCACUGUCUCCUCUGAGGGUGUCAAGCCUGGAACUGAGGGCAGUGUAGAACUGGGAAUAGACAGUAUUCAAUUUGGAGCACCAUCAUCUGCAGGCAGCACUGACAGUGAUGGAGUUCCGGCAUUGCUAGAAACUGGCUCUGAAAACAAACUACCUGCUCCCAAAGAACAGAGACAAAAACAACCUCGAGCUGGCCCAAUCAAAACACAGAAGCUCCCUGAGAUGGAGCCAGUAGAAACCAAGGAGUACAAGCCAGGUCCUAUUGGUAAAGAGCGCUCUCUGAAAAACCGCAAGGCCAAAGAUGCACGUGGAGGAGAAGGCGAGGGGAUGGAGACAGGAGUACCUGGAGGAGGCGUCAGCAGAGCCACAGACUCCAGUCCUCCCACUAGUGAUACCACAGUACCAGAGCUAGGAGGAGAUAUUGAAGGCAUGAUCACAGUCCCCUCAGCAGAGUACAGCAGUAGCUCAAAGGAGUCUGUCACUGACUAUACCGCCCCGUCCUCCUCACUGGCUGACAGUGUUCCUACAGGAGGGAACAAAAUGGAAGAGAGUUUGGUGGCCAAUGUUGCGCUACCUCACUCUUUGCCCCUUCCUCGUCGAGAGACCCUGCAGCAGAGCUCCAGCCUCAGCACCGUCUCUCCUGCUACUGUUGACCUAACACUAAAGAUGGAAUCGGCUCGUAAAGCCUGGGAGAAUUCCCCGAGUCUGGAGAAGAAUUCUCCCGUCACCUCUUCUUCGUCCCCUAUCACCUCCUGUGCUUCCUCAUACUCCUCCUUCUCCUCGGCCUCCAUUGCACAGAUCCCAGUUGCUUCUGUUACCCCCAGCACCUCACUAUCAGGUUCUGGUACUUAUACAACAUCAUCCCUCAGCACCAAGACCACCACAGCCUCUGACCCCCCUAACAUCUGUAAGGUGAAGCCCCAGCAGCUGCAAGGUGGAAGCCUGUCGUCCUCCAGCAGCAGCAGUAGUAGCAGCAGCUUCUCUCAGCUCGGCUGUGUGCCUCCCCUCCUCCCCCAGCAGCAGCAGACCCCACAGGUGUACGUCUCCCAGUCUGCAGCAGGUUCUGCAGCUCAGAUUCCAGCCUUCUAUAUGGACACUAGCCAUCUUUUCAGCACCCCUCAUCCUCGAUUGGCUCCUCCCUCCUUGGCCCAGCAGCAAGGCUUCCAGCCUGGCCUCUCACAGCCGACAGCAGUGCAGCAGAUUCCCAUCCCUAUCUAUGCUCCGCUGCAAGGUCAGCCUCAGCACCAACACACGCACCAGGCUCAGCUUGGACUUAGCACUGGCCCUCCAGUGUCACAGCCACAGGACCUGUUUAGCUCCUCACUGCAGCCUUACAGGUCUCAGCAGGCGUUUAUGCAGAGCAGCUUGUCACAGCCCUCCAUGAUGCUGUCAGGACCCUCCUUGCACAGCUAUCCUGGUGUGCAGGCUCCUGAGCUGGGCAAGCCUCAGUCUAAUCUGGCCUAUCAGCAACCCUCCUCCACCCAGCACAUUCCUAUUCUGUUUGAGCCGCAGCUCAACCAGCCCUCUGGCAUGGGAGGGUCCCAGCUCAUUGAUACUCACCUGCUGCAGGCUCGACAGGGGAUGAAUCAGCAUUCAAACAUGUACUCAGGGCAGGUACAACAGCACGGUCAGAGUAGCUACUAUAGCAACACUCAGUCGCCAAGUUCUGCAAUGCAACAGGUGACGGUCCCUCUGCCCGGCUCCCAGUUGUCCCUGCCAAACUUUGGUUCGGGUGGAGGUCAGGCCCUCUUGGCACUGCCUCCCACUCCUCCUCAAGCUCAGCCCCCCAACAUCAACCGGCAGCCCCCAGUGUCACAGCCGUACCGAGGCAUCAUGGGCCCUAACCACAACAUGAUGCAGCCUCCCACCAGCAAGAUGGACAUGGAUCUGAAACUGUUUGGCAGUGGGAUGGAUGUGAAGCCUGGAACCCCUCCUGUCAGCGCUAGGAGCACUACACCCACCUCCAGCCCUUACAGGGCCAGCUCCACCUCUCCGAGCAGCCAGUCCAGUAAGAUGAACAGCAUGCUCUACCAGAAGCAGUUUCAGCCCAGCUCUGCCGGCAUGAGAAUGACACAGCACUUCCCUGGCCAGUUCAACCCACAGAUUCUGUCUCAGCCCAGCAUCGUCUCUCCUCUGGUUCGCCCUCCUCACGCUAACUCCUUUGCUGGAGGUGUCCAACGUUCUCCAAUGGGCCCUCCAAUAUCGCCCAAUGUGGGUGGUGGUCUCAUGCCUCAUCCCCGACCGCAGCACCCGCAGCACAGCCAGCAUCCUCCCCGGGGGCCCUCUGGUCCCUCUCUUGCACCCAGAGGCACACAGGCGGCACUGAAGGCUGAACAGGACCUAAAGGCAAAGCAGCGAGCUGAAGUGCUCCAGUCCACCCAUAAGUUCUUCUCAGAGCAGCAGCAGCAGCAGCAACAGCAACUGAAGGCCCCGCAGGUCAGCAAAGCAUCUCGACUUGAUCAAGGAGGAAAACCUCCACUAGACACCUCGGCCCCAAACCACCAGGUGGGAGGAGAGCGCCCAGAUUCUGACAAACCCCCCGUCUCCACGGCCAAGCCCAUACGGACUGGCCCCAUAAAGCCACAGGCCAUUAAACCAGAAGAGGGCAAGUAAAGAUAUUCUGACCCUCUCCAGAUGAUGACAUGAAUGGAAGAGAGGAAGAGAGAAUCUUGCCCCAUUCACUCAGCCGCCACCUCAUAUCAGCCCUGGAGGACAGUGUGGGGGAGGAGGAUGAAUUGGGUGGAGAUCCAGAUGGUUGUGGUUACUGACAGUUGGCGCUGUCACGUGUAAACAUAAUCCUCUUCCUCUUCUUUCUUCCCCUGCCUUGUCUCACUGUAGGUGGGGGCAUUUGAGUUGGAUUCUUCCAUCACAUUUAGAUGCCGAUAAAAUUGCUGCACAAGUUGUUCCAUAGAAAUCUACUACACUGGUAGAUAAGAGGAGAGCUGGAGAAAGAGAAAAUAAAGAUUUGCUGCUGAGUUUGCCAUUUUUAUAGCUCUUUGUUGCUGUUCCUUUUAAUUAUUUUUUUCCCAAAUAGGAUCACGCAUAUUAUAGGAGAAACCUGUUUUGUUAACGAAAGAACGAAUCCGAUUUGUUUUUGUAGUCAAAACAAACUUAAGGAGAUGUCAUUUAGUGAAGCACACUUUCUGUUGCCCAAUCCCCCAUUAUAACUAAUCCAGAGAUCUGUGCACAUGCACACUCUCACUCAACGGUUUGAUCCAGUUACUGCACGGAGAAUGAGAUCUGAAAUUCUGUUGUCAUUUUGUUUUUGUUUUUUUUUGUUUUACCAGAAUGGAAAUGUGAAAAAUUGCAGCAUUUGAUUGACUUACGUGAUUGAUUUGAUUCGGCUGCCUGUGAGCCUUUACUCCUGCCUUCUGCUCUCAUCUCCUUGCCUGAGAAAUACUGAUGUGUUGGGGUGUGUGUGUGUCGGGUGUGUGCUCGUGGUAUAAACAGGGGAAAAGCUUGUAAGCUGGACUCUCCUGUAUAUUUAGCCAAAGGUUAAAGCAGCGCAGAGAUGAUGUCACAGCCUUUUAGGAUCGAUGUUGCCGCGGCAGCAGAGUUUGAGUGAACUUUAAAGGAUUACAUGGAUGAUGUAUGAUCACUACGUACAGCUGUUCCAGUAUAGGGGGCUACUGUCACACACCCUUUCACUGCUUUCACACCCAUCUUUGCUGUCACACAAACACACACAUGUACACACUUCACUGUAAAGCACCCAGACCUGCUGCUAUUGACUGAUUUCAGUGCCCUUAGCUAGAGUAUAGCAGGAUAGGGCUGUUUAGAGGAAUAGAUACGGUGAGUUUGAUUGUUGAAACAGUAGAAAACUUUUGAGUGUGUAUCGUCCUUCACGGCGAGGGGGAUCAGGAACAGGACGGAGAACAAGGAAAUUGAAAUGAGAAGCCUCAAGUUCUGAAGCGUUUGGGCAGAAGGACACUUAUUGUUUUGUUGUUUUUACUGAUGAGAGCAAUCAGUGCUGUUUUCUGUCUCUGCCUCACCUCCGCUGGCUGUCCCACCCACAAUGCUCUCAUCUUGGGGUUGUGGCAACAAGGGUCCUUCAGAAAUGUACAGUAGUAUGCACCCUGAGGUGGUGAGGGAGUCCUCACAUCUACCUUGCUUUGGAGGUUGGAUGAGGGAGGGAGGGUAAUGACUGUUUUUUUUUUUUUUUUUUUUUUGGUUCUUUUUUUUUUUUUUUGUUGUACUUGUACAGGGGUUUCAUCGCUGUAUUAAAAUAUGUACGGUCUUAUUUACAUUCUCUUGGUUUGGUUACAGAAACUAAUAAAAAUAAUAUACUGUUGA